UUGAAUCAUCGUCCAAGUGGCAUCAUAACAAGUUUUGGUUUUAUAUAAAAGGCGUGACCAUUAUUUUUUAUAAAAUUAAAAAUUAAAAAAAAUAUAUUUAUAUAUAUGUAUAUAUUAAAAAAAUUUUAUUUACUUAUUGAAUAAUAUUAUUCAAUUAAUUAAUAAUUAUAAUAUCAGUACCUAUAAAAGUAUUGAAAAAAUUUUUCAUUCAUCCAAUUCAAUAGAAAAAUUCAUUUAAAAAUGCAACUAACGAUCAAACUAAGUAUUUUAUUGUUUCUGAGUGUUUUAACCAUUAAAAAGACUUCAGCUGCUGGUGGUGCUCUAUUAUGCUAUCGGUGUAAUAGUAAUCAACCUGGGUGUGGAACACCAUUAAAUUGGUUAUGGUAUUGGGGUGAAUAUUGUCCUGAAGAAAAUGAUAUAUGUGUAAAAGUAAUUGAGAAAAAAGGAGCGGAAACUAUGAUCACGCGUGAUUGUCUGAGUGCAGUACGAGAUUUUCGUACUGACGUUCCAGCAGAUCGCUAUGAAGGUUGUCGUCCAGCAGCAAAAGAUGUUCGUCUUGGGCACUACGUAAACAAUAGCAUCACUCAAUUGGAUAUUCAUCGAAAUUAUUACGAUCAAGUAACCUGGUGUUUUUGCUAUUUUGAUAAUAGAUGCAAUGCUGCAACAGAGUUAACAACUUCUGCGGUUAUGACAGUGUUUUUGAUUAUACUUCGAUAUAUAUUUUAGAUUUUUUACAAGUGUAAAUUAUAAUAUGUUCAUUUUGAACUGUCAAAUUGAAAUUACUACAAGAUGAACAUUAGUUUUAAAUAAUUCGUACAUUGUAAAUAUAUUUACAUAUCAGUAAUCCGUCCAAUGAUGCUUUACUCAAAUAAUUUUAAGGUACAAUUUUUUUUUAA